AUGGCUGCCAACCACGAAGAUGUCUCGAUUCUCGCCCUGGCUGAAGCUGUUCUCGAACAGACGAAGGCUAUCACCAAGUAUCUUCAAGCCAAUAGCAUUGCAGCACCAACGUUCUCUUCUACGGCAAGUGUGCCCCCAAAUACUCCCGAGUACCUCGCGCUUCAAAGCAAGGUGAGGGAGUCCUUGGAGGACUUGCAGCGCCUUAUUGAAGGCCCAACCAAGUUCUACAGGUCCUUCUUCAUGGGUGUCUAUGAAUUGGCAGCGUUUCAAAUUGCCCUGGAUUUCGACUUCUUUACCUUGGUGCCGACUGAAGGGGAAAUCGCACUGGAGGAGUUAGCAGCCAAGGCUGUUUUGGAUCAGGACCGGACGAGUCGCGUUGUGCGCUUGCUGAUUACACAACGCUUUUUCCAAGAGCGCAGACCGGGAUAUAUUUCUCAUAACCUGUUCUCUGUUGCUUUGCAAGACGAGGAGCUGCGUUCCCUUGUUCACUACUCGUUUGAUGAGAUGCUGAAGGCGGCCGCAGACUCGACAGUCAGUCUCAAAGCCACUCCGUAUGAAUCGGACAGUGACCAUUGCCCGUUCAACACACGGCACAAAGUUCCCAUUUUUCAAUACUACGCCCAAAAUCCCGACAAGGCCGGUCGAUUCGCGAGAGCCAUGGCUGGGUAUCGCCGAAUGGAAAACAGUAUCAACGAACUGAGAGAUAAUUUCCCCUGGGGACAACUCCAAGGCACCGUGGUGGAUAUCGGAGGCGGAAGCGGUCAUGUGGCUAUGAUUUUGGCACGACUUUUCCCCCAGUUAGACUUUGUUGUCCAGGAUGGAUCAACGCACAUGCUAGCGGAAGGCCAGAAAUUGCUGGCCGAGGAAAUCCGGGAACGCAUCACCUUCCGCCAGCACAACUUCUUCGAGCCCCAACCGGUCAGGGGCGCUGCCGCCUUUCUCCUCAGGCAAUGCACCCACAACUGGGCAGACGCGGAUGUGGUGACGAUUUUCAAAGCCGUGGUGACAGGGCUAGAGGGCUCUGCACCGGAGACGCCACUGCUGAUCAAUGACGUUAUCCUGCCCGAGUCAGGGACAAUCUCACGUCAGAAAGAACGCGAAAUGAGACAGGCAGACAUGGUAAUGCUCGUCAGUUUCGGAGCCAAGCAACGCACGCAGAAGGAAUUCGGGACCCUCCUGAAGGAAGCAGAUCCCAGAUAUGAGAUUCGUCGGGUGCAUGAGACGGGGGCUUUGGGCCUACUGGAGGUUUACCUUAAGCGAUGA